UUAAAGAACACUCAGCUUUUCCAUAUACAGGGAAAAUUAAUUUUUAAUUCUGAAUACAGCGUGGUGCGCAUGAGUAUGCGCAGCAAAACACAACUUGCAAGCAUCAAUGACCUCUAACCUAACCUCAAAAUUACAAACCUUCCAAACUAGACAAUUUUCUUAUUAAAAGUUAAAACUAAAACAUGCUAAACUUAUUCUCUAAUGCAAAACAAUUCCAAAAGCCAGUUUGUCACAUCACAUUAUGCUACAAAAACAACAAAAUUAAACUACUCCGAAAACUUCAUAGUUUCUCCCCUGAUAAGAAGUACAAUGUGGUUGUAGUGGGUGGUGGUCAUGCGGGUAGUGAAGCAUGUGCAGCAGCAGCUCGAAUGGGGGCCCAAACUCUCUUAAUAACCCACAAAAAAGAAACAGUAGGUGAAAUGUCAUGCAAUCCGUCUUUUGGGGGAAUAGGCAAAGGACACCUCAUGCGAGAAGUUGAUGCCUUGGAUGGAAUUUGUGGACGCAUGUGCGACUUAUCUGGCAUCCAAUACAAGGUCCUGAAUAAAAGAAAGGGUCCCGCUGUUUGGGGUUAUCGCGCCCAGAUUGACAGAGAUCUGUAUAAAAAACACAUCCAAGAGGAGUUAUUUGAAAGAACGCCUAACUUAGACGUUUUAGUGGCUUCUGUAGAAGAUUUAAUAAUAAAGAAUCCGAGUUCCAAUAGUAGUGGUCAACCUGUUGUUGAUUGUUGUGGGAUUGUUUUAAAUGACGGCACACAAAUUAAUUCAGAUUGUGUGGUCAUAACUACUGGAACUUUCCUAAAUGGACAGAUCAAUAUAGGGACCAAAGUGUACCCAGCCGGUCGAAUAGGCGAUAAACCAUCAAUUGGCUUAGCCCAGACUUUAGCGUCUUUAAAUUUAAGAAUGGGGCGUUUAAAAACGGGGACGCCGCCUAGACUUAGGGCCAACACAAUCAAUUACAGCGUCUGUGAUUUUCAAAAGGGUGAUGAUCCACCUUUACCGUUUUCUUUCGUUAACGACGCAGUGUGGAUUAAGCCUGAGGACCAAUUACUCUGUUAUCUCACCAGAACAUCUUUAUCUAUAGAGUCAAUUAUCAAAAACAAUCUCCACGUCAAUAGACACGUGAGGGAAGAAGUAACGGGUCCUAGAUAUUGUCCUAGCAUAGAAUCCAAAGUUUUGAGGUUCGGGGGACGGCAACAUCAGGUCUGGUUAGAACCAGAGGGUCUUAACAGCGACAUAAUCUACCCAAACGGGUUAUCUUGCACACUUCCGGAAGAACUCCAAGUCCAACUAAUCCAUUCCAUUCCCGGUCUAGAGAAAGCGGAAGUCGUCAGACCUGGCUACGGCGUUGAAUACGACUUCGUCGAUCCCCGAGAACUGCAGCCAACCCUACAACUAAAAAGAAUAAAGAAUUUAUUUCUUGCAGGCCAGAUUAAUGGAACAACCGGAUAUGAAGAAGCCGCAGCUCAAGGGAUCAUCGCUGGGAUUAACGCAGCCGCUUUUGGUUUACACAAACCCGCGAUUACUAUCAGUCGUACUGAAGGCUAUAUAGGUGUCCUGAUUGACGAUUUGACCACUUUAGGCACAAAUGAACCAUACAGGAUGUUUACAAGUCGAGCCGAGUUUAGACUGACGUUAAGACCCGAUAAUGCCGACCAGAGACUGACAGGGAAGGGUUUUGAAAUCGGUUGUGUGAGUAAACAAAGAUAUGACAAAAUGGUGGAUAUGAAAGAGAAGCUAGAAGACGGUAUAGCGCUUUUAAAGAGUGUGAGCAAACCUGUCACUCACUGGAGGAAACUAAUGAAUAUUACGCCAUCCAAAAACGCUAUGCAAAAGCGAGCUUUCAAUGUGAUAGACAUUUAUAAUGAAGGUAUAACGAUAACUAUGUUGGCGAAAGUCGCCCCUGAAUUAUUACCUUUAAGCUACGAUAAAUCGUUAGAAAAUCGGCUUCAUAUUGAAGCAAUGUAUGAAGCUGCCGCUGCCGAACAAGCAGAAGAAGUUAAAGAAUUAAGAAAAGAAGAAUCUCUGGUUAUACCGAGAGAUAUUGAUUAUAACGCGGAUAACCUUAACCUCAAUUCCGAAGAGCGGGAAAAAUUGUUGACGGUCCAACCACAAACGAUAGCGGCCGCCAGUAGAAUUCCAGGUAUAAGUCCAUCCUCGGUUUUUAGGCUCCUAAGAUUUGUAAAAAAAGUCCCGCAAAUCGAAUCAGCGUUGUAAUUAAGUAUUAUGUAUAGAAAAUAAACGAAUAAAAUGGAAUUAUUUUUA